AUGCCUUUCAAUACAUCACUCAACAUCAAGCUUUAGAAUUAAUUCAAGAAGUAGAAUCUAAGACAAAAGAAUAUAAAAGUUUAUUAGUUCAUACUAAAAAGAGAAAAAAACAACUUAAUGAUGAGAUUAUUGAAAUAUAUGAUACUAGAAGGCACCUAUCUGAACUCCAAAAAAAUUCAGACUUGCUUGACCAAAUACACAAAUAUGUUGAAUUUGGUGCAGCUGACAAAAAAAAAAGAAAAACUGUAAUUAAAGUUUGUACUAUUAAGCAUUUAAGAGAUGCUUUACAAGAAAAAUAUAAUAUAUAUAUUACUCAACAGACACUUUCAACCUAUCUUUUAUCUCGAUAUGCUAAUACUCAUAAUGUGCUUUAUUAUCACUAUUCUGCAAAUAUCAAAAUUAGCACAGGUUCUAAAUCUAAAAUAAAAUCCUAUAUUGACAAAUAUUAUUAUCUCACAUCAGUUAAAGCAGUUAAAAUGUUCACUUCAACUUUCACCAACUAUAGUCUUAUUAUCUUUCAAGAUGAUAAGACUAAAGUUGGCUUAGAUAUACUAGCAGUUGGCAGAACCUUUAGAAGCCUGCAAUCUUUUAAUAAACCUGUUACAGUAUCUGAUCAUGAUUUUUCUCAUGGAGCAAAACAAAAACUCAUACCCUCAGUUUAUCUAAUUAUUAACUCUGAUGAUACUAAUAAAUCAUUAUGCCAAGCAUAUAAUCCAGUUGAGCAUAGCAUAUAUAUACUAUCUAAAAAACUUGCCAAAAUUGAACUACCUAUUGAUAGAUUCGGGUCACAUCUUAAUAGUCAAGGUGUGACUGUAGAUAAGGAAUUGACAAGACAUAACUUUGAAUUUGCUGAACCAUAUUUAACUGUAGAAGAAGUUAUCAUAUUAUUAAAUCAUCUUGAUACUCAACAAUUUGAAUUAAGUAAUGCAGCCUUUUUGGAAAACUUCUCAAACUUAUCUUCUAUUGGUCUCUCUCAUAAACUUAAAACUUCUUGUUUACUAGAAGCAGUUUCUGAUGUUGAAUAA